AUGGCGUCAAAGGCCAUGUGGGAAGUCGACCCUGAGACGAGGUCCAAGCUCGCCGCCCUUCAGAAAGAAUCCAAAAACAACAUCUGCUGCGACUGCAGCGCGCCAUCUCCUCAAUGGGCAUCCCCCAAAUUCGGUGUCUUCAUCUGCCUCUCCUGCGCCGGCGUACACCGUGGUCUUGGUGUCCACAUAUCCUUUGUGCGCAGCAUCUCCAUGGACGCCUUCAAAGCGAGUGAGAUUGAACGGAUGAGGCUCGGUGGCAACGAGAGGUGGAGGACGUUUUUCGAAGAGCACGAGGACACCCAGAUGCGAGGAAUUACCUGGGAGGAUGCGACCAUUGCAGAACGAUACAGUGGCGACGUAGGCGAGGAGUGGAAGGAGAGACUUUCGUGUAAGGUGGAGAACCGAGAAUAUGUUCCUGGCGAGAAGAAGCCUGCUGCUCCUGCGGUGAAGCCUGCGUCAUCACCUGCUCUGGGAGGUCAGAGAGCUGGAUCGAGGACAGGGACACCGUUGAGCAAUUCGACGAGUCGGAGCGAGAGUCCUGGUAACCGUGGCGCUGGCGGUAAGGUCAAGGUUGACGAUAGGUACUUCUCAAGAUUGGGAGCAGAGAACGCCUCGAGACCAGACGAUGUUCCGCCGAGUCAAGGCGGCAAGUAUGCUGGCUUUGGAAAUACCCCUGCACCUGCCAAGGCGGGUCAGGCUGGUAUUCCCAACUUUGAUGAGUUGCAAAAGGAUCCCAUGGCUGCAUUAUCAAAAGGAUUCGGUUGGUUUACCUCUACCGUGAGUAAGACUGCCAAGACGGUAAAUGAUGGUUAUAUCCAACCGACCGCCAAGCAAUUGGCAGAAGGCGACUUCGCGAAACAAGCCCAACUCACAGCCUCCCAAUUCGCAAGACAAGCCCAAAUGGCCGGAAAAUCCGCACAGGAAGGAUUCAACCGCUUCGUCGAGGGUAACGACAGCAAUCACAGGAGAGAGGCGCCACUAGAUGCGAGCCGUAAAGACUUUUGGGAUGAUUUCUCAAGUCUGGCAGAGCAGAAGAAGCAAACGAGCAGUUCGAUUGGGACAAGCGCCAUGGGGAUGGGAAAGAAAGGCUCUAGCGCCGCCCAGCCCACGAAGAAGGCAGAUGAUUGGGAUGACUGGUGA